CAAACUAAAAUCACAACCUUUCAUUGCUCUAUCUCUCAAAAAAAUGAGACUUCAACUCCAUUUUCGUCACUCUAAUCUUCCAUUACUCAUUCAACAAAUCAAGAACAAUUCACCUAUUAAACCACCAAAAUUACCAUAUGGUAAAAAAGAAAUUUACAAUCUAGCUGCACCAAAAAGAAACAUAGCCAAACCAAUAACUCUACAAACUUUGCCCAAGUCCAAGAAUAUUUCAAGAAAUGAGACAAGCUCAAAACUUGUGGUAUUGGGAGCUGUAUCUGUUGGGGUAAUGUUUUUUUUAAUGGGCUUUGAUGAUAAAAAUAAAGCAUUGGCUUUAGGUCCUGAAGGUCCAUUAAUGGAAGAGUUUUGGGAUAACAUGAGGAGAUAUGCUAUUUAUGCAUUGACAGUUAGUACUGGUGUUCUUUGGGCUGUUUUUGAGCCUAUUUAUGAGCUUUUAAAGAACCCCAUUUCUGCUAUUUUAAUCUUGGUUAUUAUGGGUGGCAGUGUUUACAUUGUUUCUCAAGUGGUAUCAGCUAUGGUUGGUAUUACUGAUUUUAGUUAUGAUUAUAACUAUUAGAUUUAAGUUUUGUUUGUAUUCGGAGUUUCCCUGGGGUUGGUAAGGCGCAAUGAGGCUACCCUAGCCCAUUGAGUGCUCUGCCUCGGGCCAUCAACAUCAUGCGCUCUAUUGAAAUAGCUUUAGCGGAAAACCAGCUAUAUCCCAUCUUGGUUGGCCUUUCACCCAUAGCCUCACGUCAUAUGUAUAAAGAGGGAUUUUCCUUGUAUGUUUAUGCUUAAUUUCAGUAAGUGAUGCUAUAUAUAUUGCCUUCAACUUAAUAGUGUUGUGUUCUGUUUUGGUGUACUUUCUUGAUAGUUCAUUGUUAUAUAGUCAUAUUUGUGAGUGUGAA